AGCGGGCUUUAUGGGCCAAGCUUGGCGGCAAUCAUAACUUGGCCGCCAAAAAAAAACAACUUUCUCUCUGGCUGAACAGACAACUUAGGGAUCUAAUGUAUUAUACAUGCAUGCAUGCAUGCAUAGCAUAAACAUUACGCGCUUUUUCUAUCGUCUGUUUCGAUUUGUCCAGAAUUCUUGCCUGGGUUCAUGAUCUUAUUAUACAAAUCGAGUGGUUGGCCAUUUCAUUUCGAAGUUUUUACAAUUCACUUGUCGUGGUUAUAUGGUUAUAAUUUAUUUUUUAAUAACUUAUUGUAAUUAAUUAAUUGUUUACCCUAAUUCUAAUAUGAAUAAAAAAGAAAAUUCGAAUAUUCGAUCUAUAGGGUGUAAAAGAAAAAGUCACGUUUUGGAUGAAGUCGACACAAAUCGUCUGCCAUUUAAUGAUACUCAAACAUCCCAAAAUGUUAGAUCAAAAAAACAGAAACGUUCUAAAAGCACAUUGAAAAACCCCUAUCAGAAAGAAAAUUUGACAAAUGAAUUAACACCAUCAAGUACAAUUUCAAGUUCACAAUAUCAUUCGACAUUCGAAAACCACACUCCAUUACCAAAUUUAAAUUUUGCGAAUUCGGUUGAAGUUUGGAAUCUUAUGUUAAAAUGCGAUGAUACAUAUAAACGUGAUUCUGAUUUAUUUAAUCACCAUACAUCACUUCAGCCAACGAUGCGAGCUACAUUGCUUGAUUGGCUAAAUGAAGUUUGUCAAGCAUAUAAUUUAACCAGGCAAACUUAUUAUCUUGCAUUAGAUUUCUUUGACCGUUUCCUAUCUAUUCAAAAAGAUUGUCCAAAAAAGAAUCUUCAACUAAUUGGAAUAACAUGCCUAUUUAUUGCGGCAAAAAUUGAAGAAAUUUUUCCACCCAAAAUGAAUCGAUUCUCGUUUGUUUGUGAUGGAGCCUGUAGUGAUAAAGAUAUAUCCGACAUGGAACUAGUCAUCAUGAACACUUUAAAAUGGGAACUUCGUCCAGUUACACCAAUCGCAUGGCUUAAUGCAUUCUUCAAAGUUUAUACAUUUUCCGAUAAAGAAAACAUAAGCAAAUCAAAGCAACAAGUGAAUGAAUCAUUUUUGAUUCCAGAUUAUGAAUCCGAAUUAUUUGUUCAUAUUGCCCAUCUUAUUGAUCUCUGUACAUUGGAUGCUGGAUCAUUAGCAUUUUCUUAUUCUGUGAUAGCUGCUUCAGCAUUUUAUCACUUUACCAGCGAAGAUGUUGUAUUGCAUUGCACAGGAAAAACACUUGAUCAAUUACAAACAUGCGUCGAAUGGAUGGUACCAUUUGCAAUUGCAAUCAAAAAUGCUGGACUCGAUUUUCUUACAGAUCUUAAUAACGAAAAAUCUAUGAUUCAAACGCACACAAUCAGCCUGGAAUUAUUGCAUAGUGCACAAACUAUUCAAGCUGAUAUUGAAACGGAAAAAUUGACUGUACUAGAAUCUUCUGAAGCCAGUUCUUUAUGUCCAAUGACACCUUCCAAAAUGGCAAGCAUGCCACCAACGCCACCUCGAAGUACUGGAACUUCAUAAAAUCAUCUUUGCCAAUUCAAUUUUUAGUUUCGUAUUUCAUCAUCAAUGGAUUCGAAUCAUCCAUCCAUUAUCAUUUUAAGAAU